GAAAUAUUUCAGUUGCCUCAUAAGUCGGAACCAUGUUUAAACUCCACGUAGUUGUGAUCUACGUGCUUAUAGCUGGAUGUGUCCAAGUCCACGGAUGCGGGGAUUUCUGCUUCUCGAAGAUGGAGGGCAUUAUGGAUUACAUCGAGGAGAUGAAGGAAGAACUGGCCGAGCUCAGAUUUCUGAAUGCCUUUGAAAAGAUCGGAUCCGACUACUAUUACUUUAACCACUGGAAGAGGACUAACUGGACCACCGCCGAUGAAGAAUGCCGCAAGAUGAGCGCACGACUGGCGGAGAUUCGCGACGAGCGGGAGUAUAACGCAAUCCUGCCCAGAUUGCAGGCCAAUAUGUACUGGCUGGACAUCACCAACAGGGGCCAGGGGGAUCACUGGUACUCGCUGAACACUGGGCAUCCGGCUGCCUUCUUGAAGUGGCAUCAGGGCGCGAUGGACAACAAAGGAUUUUCCGUUCACUGCGUAACCAGUUUCUACGGCGACAUGUGGGAUGAAAACUGCUCAAACUAUAACAACUUUAUUUGUAAGUUAAAAAAAUAAAUAAAAAUUAACUAAAUUUGCAUUGGUUUAAUUUUUAGAUUUAAAGUGUUUAUUAUAUGUAAUUGAAAAAAAACACCACAAUCAAAUAAAGAAAUGUAAAACUCCA